AUGUAUGAGUUUGCAAAUGAGAAAAUAAGAGGAUUAAAUGGAUCUAAAAUAAUUAGAUAAGACAAAACAAAAUAUAGAGUAUGAAUGAAUUAAUUAAUAUAAUAGAGUCAUAACUUUUUUUCUGUGAAUCCUCAUGUUCGAAUGUUGAGUCAAUUAUUCUAAAAAAGCCCAUAUUUAACACAGUUUAAGGAGAUGCUCUUUUUAAGUCUUUAGUAGAUUUAUCUAAGAUCUUCAUAAAUUCUAACUGUUUUAUAAUGGAUGCAACCGCCAAUCUUAUGUAACUCAUAGAAAAAGAGAGAUCAAUAAUAUUUAAAAAUUAUUCAAUAUGCUCAAUAAACUAGAUAGUUAGGAAUCGUACCAGAAUAAAUAUAUAUAAUUGAAAUAGAGAGGUUACUUAAAGUUAUAUAAAAUGACAAUAAAGAAAUAUCUUUAAAAAUUCUAUAUGAAUUAUGUGUAGCCAUGAAUUGCAUAAUAAAGGGUAAAUAAGAAUUUGUUUUAUAUGACAAAUUUUUUGCUUAUUUAUAUCAUCAAUUUAAUUCAGGAUAUGAUUAUGUAUAAUAGUCUAUUCAAUAAAGAGAAUAUUUAAAGAAAUAAAAAGAAGAGUAAAAAUUAGGUAAAUUAAAUUAACAUGGUUUAAGAAGAGUAGGAUAAAUAUCAAUUUUAAAGAAUGAAUUUUAUUUAGAAGAAUAGUAAAAUGAUGGAAUUAGUAAUAUUCCUUAAUUGUUAACUAUAGAUUCAUAAUUGAAACUUCCAAAUUCAAGAUUAUUAUCAGGAAAACUAUCAUAAUAAGUUUAAAAUGCUGAAGUAGCAAUUCAAGAUUUAUAAAAAGAAGUAAAAGAUUAUUACAAUAUGUAUGCAGAGUAUUUUUACGAUUCAGUAAAAAACUUAAUCCAAUAUAAAGGUGGAAAUGAGUCAUUAAAUUAUAAAUUUUUAGGAUUGAAAUUUAAUAUGAAAGAAAUGCUAACACUAAAUACAGUAUAUUUAAAUGAAGAAAAUGGUACUAAAUUAUAUUUGCAUUAAUAUCAACUUGUAUCUGGAUUAAAUGAAAAGUAGAAUUCUUUAACAAAAUACUUAACAUAUUAAUCUAUGUUUAAUAAUAAUAAUAAUAAUAAUAACAAUAAAGAGGAUCAAGUUGAAAAUCUAUAAGAAUUUCUUAGAUAAAGCCCUCCUUUAUCUCCUCAUUAAUCUAAUAUACAUAUUAAAACUGAAACUGUUCAUCAAUAAACUCAUAGCAAUGAAGAUAUUAGAGUUGAAUAUGAAGAUGGAAACUAAAAUGAAUAUGAAAAUGAAUAUGGUGUUUUAUUAGAUUUUACAUUAUUUGAUCCUUAAACAACUGUCUAAUAUUAAGUAUAUUCAGUUAAUAGUGAAUGUAUAGCAGGAAUCAAAAUAACAUUUCCUGAAGAAUAAAGUAGUUUUCGAUUGAUUGAAUUUCCAUGUAUUGAACCACAAGAAGGAGGUUAUGAUUGUCAUACAUAUCAAUUCAAACCAUUAUCAAAUAUAAAAGGAUGUUAGGUUGAAUUAAUAUAGAUGACACCAAGUAGGAGAUUCAUUAAAAAUUUCAUUUUAUUGGUUUAAGAUUCAGAUAAUCCUUAAGAUCCAAAUAAAUUAAAAUUUUUUAAAUUUGAUUUCUAAAAAAAUUAAGAAAUGGGAGAUAUUUAAAAUCUACAUGAUUAGAUAAUGCCUUAUUUUAAUGAUGACUGGAGGAAAUCAAAAUUUCCCUUAUAUGUUAAUUUUCUCUAUACUCAUCUUCCAUAAGCAUAACAAUAAUAGAUUGAAACAUAAUUAAAAAAGAUUACAUUUGCUAUUAACAGUAUGUUUCCAUAUGUUGAAUAUCUAGAAAAUAAAAAGAAACUUAUGUAACUUCAUUUUAUUAUUAAAUAGUAAUCCAAAUGUAUUUGAGAUGUAUGUAUAAUAACUAGGUAGAUAUAAAAAUAGAGAUUAGUAUUAAAGGACAGUAUUUAUUCAGAUUGAAAAUUGGUAAUAAAUUUUACAAGAGAGAAUUAUAGAUAGUAUACUAGAUAACAUCAUUAUUUUUAUUUGGAAUGGUGGAUUUGAAAAUAGAAAAUUAUAGUGA